GUAAAGUAGAAGGAAAAAAAACAACUAAAAAAGGAACACUUUAAGACCGAUUUAUUAAACAAAGAGGAUGUUAUGUGUGAGUUGGGAAGUGAACUAGAUGCCAUGUCAUCCCAGAACCAUUAAACUCUCCUGCGACGCCCUGUGAGUGAAAAGCAGGAAGGAGCUACUUUCAGUUUCAUUCCCAGCUUUGAACAACCAUGUUCCUUCAGCUGAACGACUUGGAAGAAUCCUAACAGACAAAUAAAUUACUAUUUUAACUUGAACUGCAUUACUCUUAAAGAAUAACUGGGUUUAUUGUUUGUUUUAAGGCUUUUGAUCCUAUGAAAAGGAGCUCCUAUGCUGUCCUUAUUCAUACUUCCACUUACAGAUCUCCUGGAUAUUUUGGAGCUCUGUUUUUAAUAGAAGUUGCUGUCAUCAUCCUGCUUCUCUUGUUACCCCAGAGACUGAAAGGAAUAUCUCUCAAGGUUGAUGCUGACAUCAAACAAUUGUAAGCAGAUCCACGACAAUGCAAGCAUAUAACCCAGCACCAGCACCUGGAUUUCCAAAUCCUGACUAUGCACCAGGAAAUCAAGUCCCCUAUGGCUAUCCUCAGGCACCUGGGACUUACCAAGCACCAGGUGUCGCAGACGCGGGGUACUAUGGCUUCCAGGUACAGGCCGCAAGUCCAGUUCCACCUGGAUUUGCUGCUCCACCCAUCCAGAACCAGCCCAUCGGAAAGGAAGGGACAAUCUGGAUGCCCGUCCCUCCAGCUUUUCCCAACUGCCCUCCUGGCCUGGAAUACCUCACACAGAUUGACCAGAUAUUAAUUCAUCAGCAAAUUGAACUUCUUGAGAUUUUGACUGGCUUUGAAACAAAAAACAAAUAUGAAAUCAAGAAUACUCUGGGGCAAAGGGUGUAUUUUGCAGAAGAGGACACUGACUGCUGUACCAGGAAUUGUUGUGGGCCAGCACGACCCUUCACCCUCCGGAUUACAGACAACCUGGGCCGUGAGGUGAUAACGCUGCAGAGACCCCUCCGGUGCUCUUCGUGCUGCUUUCCCUGCUGCUUACAGGAGCUAGAAGUUCAGGCACCUCCAGGAACACCAGUUGGUUAUGUUGUCCAGAACUGGCAUCCCUGCCUGCCAAAGUUUACCAUUCAAGAUGAGAAAAGAAUGGAUAUACUGAAAAUUGCUGGCCCGUGUGUUGUCUGUAGCUGUUGUGAGGACAUUAAUUUUGAGGUGAAAUCUGUGGAUGAGACUUGUGCUGUUGGGAGGAUUUCUAAGCAGUGGACUGGGUUUGUGAAAGAAGCCCUUACAGAUGCGGAUAACUUUGGAAUCACAUUCCCAAUGGACCUUGAUGUAAAAAUGAAAGCUGUCAUGAUUGGUGCUUGCUUCCUUAUUGACUUCAUGUUUUUUGAGCAUGCUGCUGAUAGUAAACAGCGAGCAGGAGUUUGGCAGUGAAAUCUAGAAGUUUUGUAUAGAAAGAUGAAGAACAUUAAUCUCCCAAGUGCCCAGUGGAUUGCAGAGCUUCAGUAAGAAUAUUAGAAAUGUACAUAUUGUGCUUCUAGUUAUAUUCUGUAAACUAAAAGCUUUAUGGUCUUUUUUUUUUUUUGUAAUCUGAUUAAAUAAUUUGUACUAUCCAAACAACGUUUCGUCUGUACAGAUCAAUGCUGUGAUUUAUAGGAAUAUUUUCCCAAGAAAUCUUUUCCCAAGAAAUUUGGAAUUGUAAAAUAACUCCUUAUAGUUACUUUAAUGCCUAAAAAGGAGGACUACUUCAAUAUUAAUGUAAGCAGUAAACCUAAUAAAGGCGUCCUGAUCUUUUCCUUUGUA